AUGGCCCUCGCUCGCCGCGACGCCUCCGCGCGGCAGCGCACCGCGUCGACGCCGUGGGCGCCGGGCGCCCACCGCGCCCCCGGCCCGCUGCCGGCAUGCCGACCCGCGCGGCUGGCCGGCCGCCCCUGCCCAACGCGACGCGAGCUACAUUCCUCCGUGGCGCUCGGCGCAGCGGCGGAUGGCCAAGGAUCCGAUGCCGUUGCCAAGCCGCCCAUAGCCGAGACCGCCCGCACCGUGGUAGACAUCACGUCCCACGGCACGCUGUGCACGCUGUCCGACGACGGCACCCCGCUGGGCACCCACGUGACCUACGUCCUGGACAGCGAUGGACAGCCAAUCCUGCGGCUGAGGCGCGAUGCGGUGCACACGGCCAACGUGGCGCGGAGCGGCCGGUGCAGCCUGUUCGUGCACCCCGAGGACUACCCCGCGCGCUGCCUGGCGCGGGUGACGCUGCUGGGAGAGGCGGAGGGCGUGGGGGAGGAGGAGGAGGAGGCGUUCAGGAUGAUGCACCAGGCGGCGCACGGGGAGGCCGCGGGCGUGGACAGGCCCAGCGAGACGGACCUGCUGUACAGGCUGAGGGUGUCGGACUGCUUCUUUGUGGGCGGGCUGGGUGGGGCUGCUACUGCAGAGAGCAUCAGUUCUGAAGACUACACGGCUGCUCAGCCUGAUGUUUUGAGGCAUGAUGUACCAGACAUCAUCUCGCAGUGGAACAGGUAG